AGACGUCUCUGUGAGAGUAGCUGUCUAACACAGCUUCUCAUUGCGAAAAGUACUGACAGUUAGCUAGUAAUACGAAAUGAACGAGCGUAACGUUACUUGGCUAGCGUUAAUAAAAAGUAGGAGGACAUUUUACACAGCGGCCCGGUUCGGUGUUUGGAUUUAACGUUGAGGAUCAGAACCAGAACUUGUUACCAUGACGACGUCUAGGGUAGCUUGCAAUGAGCUGGAUUUGAACCCUACGGAAGCCCUGAGAGUCAAGUAGAAGAGUCUUUUUUGCUAGGAUGAUUUUUAUAAUUUUUGGGUUUGUUUUUAUUUUCAUCUGUGGAAACCAGCCAUGAGAGGUGUAAUGCGAGCUCCACUGAGGUGGGUGCUAUGGGAUGUGAAGGAUACCCUACUGAAGGUGCGUUCCUCUGUGGGAGAACAGUACUGCAAGGAGGCUGAACGAAUGGGCUUGAGCCUCAGUCCUGCUGAGGUUGAUGCUGCUUUCCUCGAGGCAUAUCAACGUUAUUCCAGCAGAUACCCAAACUAUGGCAUCACGCAGGGUCUGGGUGGACAGUCUUGGUGGAUGGGGGUGGUGCGAGACACUUUCUCCCAGUGCAGGGUGCGGGACCCAGCCCUGCUAAAUACAAUGGCUCACAACCUUUAUCAUAAUUUCAGCAAUGCAGAGAACUGGGAGGUAUUUCCAGACUCAAAGAAGGCCCUGGAGAGUUGUUGUUCUCUAGGACUGAAGCUGGGUGUAGUAUCCAACUUUGACAGCCGCUUGGAAGCCAUUUUGCAUGUUUGUGGCCUGCUGUCUCACUUCACCUUUUUGAUAACAUCAGAGGAAGCAGGUGUAGCAAAGCCCAGCCCAGUCAUCUUUGAUCAGGCACUGCAGAAAUGUGGUGUGCCAGCUGCCAGCGUAGCUCAUAUUGGGGAUCAUUAUGUGAAUGAUUACCUCGCCUCUCGGUCUGUGGGCAUCCACGGGUUCCUAUUAGACAGACACAAAAAGCAUAACCAUCCUGAUGUUCCUCGAGAGCAUCAGCUCACCUCCCUGCAGGAGGUGCCAUCAUGGCUUCAGCAGCACAUGGAUUAAUGCCAAACAGCCAUAGGCUCAUGUGCAAAGCUACUCAGUCUAACUGUGGUUCAGUCAAGGUACUCAUUGCUGGGAAACUUCCACUUCAUCGCUCUUCACAUAACAGAUUCCAGAGAUUACAAAAAAAAUCCUGAGUAUUAUAUAAUCUGUACGUACAGCGUGUAAUUAUCAUGCAUUUUUACUGUAAAUAAACUGGGAACAAUAUCAAUUAAUUGCA